AUGGAUCACCAGACUGCGCUCUUCCAGGAGAUGUGGCGUCAAGGGGAAGCCCCGCAAGAUUUCAAAGACGUAACCAUCAUGCAUCUACAGAAGCAAAAAUGGAACCACCAAUUCUGCGACAAACAACGAGGCAUCUCAUUGCUAAACAUCGCCGGGAAGAUUUUUGCUCGCAUCCUUCUCAACCGCCUCAAUAACCACCUGGAACAGGGCCUUCUGCCGGAAAGCCACUGCGGCUUUCGUCGUCAUCGUGGGACCACGGAUAUGAUCUUCGCCGCCCGUCAAUUUCAGGAGAAGUGCCAGGAGAUGCGGACCCACCUGUACUCUACCUUCGUGGACCUGACAAAAGCCUUCGACACGGUGAAUCGUGAAGGACUGUGGAAGAUCAUGCAGAAAUUCGGCUGUCCGGAGCGAUUCACUCAGACCGUGCGUCAGCUGCACGACGGUAUGAUGGUGCGAGUCACAGACAGCAGAGCCGUCUCAGAGGCAUUCGCAGGGACCAACAGAGUGAAGCAGGGAUGCGUGCGGGCGCCUACCCUCUUCAGUCUCAUGUUCUCUGGCAUGCUGAUGGACGCCUACCGCAACGAACGCCCUGGAAUCCGCAUCGCUUACAGGACGGACGGUCACCUGCUGAAUCAACGACGGAUGCCCUUCCAGUCGCGCGUAUCCACAACCACCGUGCACGAACUCCUCUUCGCCGACGACUGCGUCCUGAACACCACCUCGGAAGAGGAGAUGCAACGGAGCAUGGACCUCUUCUCUGCCGCCUGCGAGAACUUUGGGCUGGUUAUCAAAACGCAGAAGACGGUGGUGAUGCAUCAACCGCCACCCAACUCAGCCACAGCCCCCAACGCGUCGCCGCAAAUCAGCGCGAACGGAACCCAACUGCAAGCGGUGGAGAACAUCCCGUACCUGGACAGUACCCUCUCCCGCAACACCAAGAUCGAUGACGAUGUCGCCAACAGGAUCUCGAAAGCCAGUCAAGCCUUCGGUCGUCUCCAAAGCACAGUUUGGAAUCGUCACGGACUUCAACUGAGCACGAAGCUAAAGAUGUACAAGGCCGUCAUCCUGCGACGCUACUGUAUGGAGCGGGGGCUUGGACGGUGUACACAAAGCAGGCACGCCGACUGAACCACUUCCACCUCAGUUGCCUUCGUCGCAUCCUGAGGCUGAACUGGCAGGAUCGAAUCCCCGACACGGAAGUACUGGAACGAACGGGAAUCCCCAGCAUCUACGCCAUACUGAAACAAAUGCAGCUGCGCUGGAGCGGCCACCUGGUGCGCAUGGACGACGAGCGACUAACCAAACGACUCUUCUACGGAGACGUCGCGACGGGUUCUCUCCGUCAAAUAGGCCAAAUUCGCCGUUACAAGGAUACCCUGAAGUCCUCCCUGAAGCGCCUGCAAAUCAGCACGGCCAACUGGGAAGAGCUCGCACUCGAUCGACCGACCUGGAGGAGGACAGUGAAGACAGGCGCUGCGAUCUACGAAGCCAAUCGCAUCCCUGCCGCCAAGGCGAAACGCGAAGUCCGCAAAUCCCUAGUUCGCCCAGUACGCAACGCAGCCGCACAACCGCUUCCAACGUGUCCCCGAUGUCAACGGACAUUCCGAGCUCGAAUUGGACUUGUUGGACACCUUCGGAUCAACUGCGCCUCUCGAACUGCACCAACCAUCUUCCCCCGCCCGCCUCUUCCUCAUCCUCUCCGUCGCCAACUAACUCGGACAAUUCUUCUGAACCAGCACUUCCAUCCACCUCCUCCUCCUCUUCCUCCUCCUCCACUGCUCCAACGACGGCCGCUCAGGCGACCGUCACGCGCGCAACAACAGUCACCACCCCCACCUCUGCCGACUCCAGCGAUGAGGAUCAGGACUACACCUGCCCACACUGCGACCGCACCUUCACCUCACACAUCGGCCUGGUCGGUCAGUUGCGAAUCCAUCGCACAUAGACUGGCAAACCAAUGCCUGGAACACCAACCUACACCCACCGCACUCGCCUCCACUGCCCACACUGCCCUCGCACCUUCCGGCAUCGCAUGGGUCUAUUCGGUCACAUGCGCAUUCACGAGUGCGGAAUUGACCACAAUUCCGACACACCCACCACAUCCAACACACCUACCAGGCCCAGCACCACACUCGCUCCAUCGCCCUGCCCGCCCAUCACCACCACCACCACCAUCACCGCGUCCUCCGUAG